UCUUUCCCCGAACUGGAUUCCCUUCUGGAUUUCUGGAUCAGAACAGCGACUCGGGCUUUCUGGGAAGGUCCUGGUGGCGGGCAGCCGACUAAGCAAGGAAAUGUCCACACUGCCUCUCCACCUCCUGCCUCUUGGACAUCCCUGCAGGAGCCGCUGUUCUGGUGCACGGGGAAGCCUCUCCAGACCCUUGGCACGUAAAUUCACAGAGAAACACGAAUGGAUAACAACAGAAAAUGGUAUUGGAACAGUAGGAAUCAGCAACUUUGCACAGGAAGCUUUGGGAGAUGUUGUCUACUGUAGUCUGCCUGAAGUUGGGACAACAUUGAAAAAACAAGAUGAGUUUGGUGCUUUGGAAAGCGUGAAAGCUGCCAGUGAACUCUAUUCUCCUCUGUCAGGAGAAGUAACUGAAAUUAAUGAAGCACUUGCAGAAAAUCCAGGGCUUGUCAACAAAUCUUGUUAUGAAGAUGGCUGGCUGAUCAAGAUGACAGUGAGUGACCCUUCAGAACUAGAUGAGCUCAUGAGUGAAGAAGCAUAUGAGAAAUACGUGAAAUCGAUUGAGGUGAAGUGGCAUAUAAACUAG